AUGCUAAGUAUAGCGGAAGGCCUCCUCAUUUUUAUAGUGGUUGGUGAGUCAAUACUGGGGGUUUUAGGGAAUGGAUUUAUUGGACUUGUAAACUGUAUUGACUGUGUCACGAACAAGAAGUUUUCUGUAAUUGGCUUGAUUUUCAUUGGCUUAGCCACUUCGAGGAUUUUUCUGAUAUGGAUAAUAAUUACAGAUGCCUUUAUAAAGAUAUUCUCUCCACACAUGUACACCUCUGGAAACCUAAGCGAAUAUAUUAGCUAUGCAUGGAUAAUUAUCAAUCACUUAAGUACCUGGUUCGCCAGCAGCCUCAGCACCUUCUAUUUCCUGAAGAUAGCCAAUUUUUCUCACCACUGCUUCCUCUGGUUGAAGCACCGAAUCCAUAGAGUGCUCUCUUUUCUGAUGGGAUUGAUGCUUAUUUCAUGGUUACUUGUUCUCCCACAAAUUGUGAAGAUUAUUAAAGAUUUAAAAAUGAAUAAUAAUAGCAACACAACCUGGCAGUUCAACAUCCCUAAAAGUGACUACUUUACUUACUACACUUUGCUCAGUCUGGGCGUCAUUUUUCUCUUUAUACUGUGCCUGGUCACAUGCCUCUUGCUAAUCGUUUCCCUUUGGAGACACAACAGGCACAUGCAGUCAAAUGCCCUAGGUGGCAGAGAUCCCAGCACCGAAGCACAAGUGAAAGCAAUAAAAAUUUUGGUUUCUUUUAUUGCCCUCUUUAUCUUGCAUUUUAUAGGCAUUGCCAUAGAAGUAGCAUGUUCUGCUGCGCUGGAAAACAAAUUGCUGUUUAUUUUUGGUGUGACCACGGUAGUCAUCUACCCCUGCGGCCACUCCUUCAUCCUGAUUCUGGGCAACAGCAAGCUAAAGCAAGCUUCUUGGAAGGUCCUGCAGCCUUUAAAGUGCUGUGGGAAGGCGAAGCCUCUGGGGACUCCGCAGCCAGGCAUGGGGAGGACAGGGGGCCCCAGAGAAUGA